AUGUCCUUUCGAAAGAGAAAUAUAGGACUCUCUUCCGGUGUAGCUCGCGACCCUUCUACUAAUGCGUCGGGUGCACAGCAUGUCCGACAAGCACCUAUGCCCGGGUUGCGCCCCUCCCCCAUCGAUGGCCGCCAAACCACGUCGACAGGCACCGCUACUCUGGAUAAUCUGCUGGCUGGCCAUGCGGGAUUGGCUCUUGGAAGCUCUCUACUUGUCGAAGAGAGCGGCACGACCGAUUUUGCCGGCGCGUUGGUGAGAUACUAUGCUGCGGAGGGCGUUGUCCAGGAGCAUCGAGUCCACGUCGUGGGGUUUGAUAGACAGUGGGCCGCCACUCUUCCCGGACUGAUCGGAACUGCAGAAGCCUCAGAGAGCAGCUCUGCUAGGACGAAGGAAGAUAAGAUGAAGAUUGCUUGGAGAUAUGAGCGACUGGGAGGGUUCGGGCUUGGGAUUGCGAGCUCCAGAGUUCCAGUUGCAGAUUCUGCUCCCGACUCCCAGCAGGCUUCCCAAAGUAAUGCGCCAGCUGUCUUUUGCCAUGCAUUCGACCUUACAAAACGCCUUACCCAUCCGUCUAUAGAGUCCAUGAACUUCAUACCACUCCCAAAGCCAAGCUCCAGUCAGGACUCGCCGUACUCAUCCAUAGCCAAACAGUUAUCCGAUGCGAUCGAGGGCUCUCCUCCCAAUACCGUCCACAGACUCAUCAUCCCUUCACUACUCUCGCCUGCCUUAUACACACCUCAAGCAAGUCAACCCCAACACGUUCUUCAAUUUAUGCACAACCUCCGCGCCCUUCUCUCCACCUACUCGAAUCAAUUAACCGCCAUGGUAACUCUCCCGAUUUCACUUUACCCACGAUCCUCGGGGCUGGUCCGGUGGAUAGAGUUGCUAUCCGAUGGAGUCAUCGAGCUUGCCCCGUUCCCACACACGCUCGAUGCAAGCUCCUUAGCCAGUUCUGGGGCAGCUACCAACCAGGAAGAGCCACCGCAAGGGAUGCUCAAGUUACAUCGCCUUCCAGUGCUGCAUGAGCGUGGUGGUGGCAUGGACAAAAACGUAGGCGAGGAUUGGGCGUUCACACUCAGCAGGAGGAAGUUCGCGAUAAAACCCUUCUCCUUGCCUCCGAUAGAUGGUGACAACGGCGCUCAGCAGUAUGAUACCACGUCCGGACCUAAAAAGGCAGACCUGGAAUUCUAG